AAACGAAUGUUGAAUCAACAAUUUCCAUGAGAAGUGAAUGAGAUAAAGGAUUACUUAAAUACUCCAAAAUCAAGAAAGUAAACAGUCUAAGUGGCUAUAAUAGGAGCUGAAAGCUGAGAAAACACACAAAUCUCGUAAAAUUCUUUCGUUUAUACAUUUCGAAUGACGAUAGCGGGUAUUUGUUCUUCGAUACGAUGGCAUUGAAUGGCUUUUUAGAGUUCUUCCAAAAGGGAAAGACAUUUAGACCAAAGAAGAGAUUUACAGCGGGCACCAUACGCUAUUCCUUGCACAAGCAGGCCCAGGCAAGCCUUCAGUCGGGUAUUAAUUUGCGCCAAGCCGUGUGUCUGCCCGAAGGGGAGAAUCUCAAUGAUUGGAUAGCGGUGCAUGUAGUUGAUUUUUUCAAUCGUAUCAAUCUCAUAUAUGGAACAGUUUCGGAAUAUUGUAGUGAGAUAACGUGUCCAACAAUGAGCGGUGGGUCACGCUAUGAGUAUCUAUGGGCCGACUCUGAAAAUUAUAAAAAACCCACAUCGCUACCAGCGCCGAAAUAUAUCGAACUGCUAAUGGAUUGGGCAGAGGCUCAGAUAAAUAAUGAGACCGUGUUUCCGGUAUCCACAGAUGUACCAUUUCCAAAAACCUUUCCAACACUAUGUCGCAAAAUCUUAACACGACUAUUUCGAGUGUUCGUACAUGUCUAUAUCCAUCAUUUUGAUCGUAUAGUCAGUAUUGGAGCAGAGGCGCAUGUAAAUGCAUGCUAUAAACAUUUCUUUUAUUUUGUAAAGGAAUUUGAUCUGAUCACAACCAAGGAGCUGGAGCCAUUGCAGGAAAUGUCCUCAAAAAUAUGUAAAGAUUAAAAUAAAAAAUGCCAAUAAGAAACUCAAUUUGAAAAAUGUUUGUUCCAUUUAAGAGAAAAGUAAUAAAAGUAUUUAAAAAUGUA